GGGCGUCACAGCGCCGGGUGGCGGCGGGGAGAUGCGGCUCCUGGCGCUGGCGGCGGCCGUGCUGCUGGCGCGGGCUCCGGCCCCGGAGGUGUGUGGGGCCCUCAAUGUCACUGUGUCCCCGGGGCCUGUGGUUGACUACCUGGAGGGGGAAAAUGCCACUCUUCUCUGCCAUGUCUCCCAGAAGAGACGGAAGGACAGCUUGCUGGCCGUGCGCUGGUUCUUCGCACGCCCCAACUCCCCGGAAGCCUUGAUGGUUAAGAUGACCAAGCUCCGUGUGGUGCAGUACUAUGGGAAUUACAGCCGCAGCGCCUUCCGGCAGAGGCUGUGCCUCCUUGAGGAGAGGCGCGGGGCACUCUACACACUCUCGGUUUUGACCCUCCGGCCAGCAGAUCAAGGGCAUUACGUCUGCAAAGUCCAGGAAAUCAGCAAGCACAGGAAUAAGUGGACCGCCUGGUCCAACGGCUCCUCAGCGACGGAAAUGAGAGUGAUUUCCCUCAAAGCUUCUGAAGAUUCAUCCGUUGAGAAAAAGAAAGAGACCUGGGCAUUUUUUGAAGAUCUCUACAUAUAUGCUGUGCUCGUGUGCUGUGUGGGGAUCCUCAGUGUCGUCCUCUUCACCCUGACCAUCAUCUGGCAGUCUGUAUUUAGCAAGAGGAGAGCCAGAGCGAGGCAUUAUUUGGUGAAAUGUCCUCAGAACAGCUCAGGGGAGACCGUGACCAGUGUGACCAGCUUGGCCCCACUGCAACCCAAGAAGGGCAAGAGGCGGAAGGAGAAGGCUGACGUUCCUCCUGCAGUGCCUGCCAAAGCUCCCAUAGCUACCACAUUCCAUAAACCGAAGCUGCUGAAACCACAAAGGAAAGUCGCCCUGCCGAAGAUUGCCGAGGAGAACCUGACCUACGCUGAGUUGGAGCUGGUCAAACCCCACCGGGCUGCCAAAGGCCUCCCCACCAGCACUGUCUACGCCCAGAUCCUCUUUGAGGAGAACAAGUUGUAA